AUGACAGAUGUGUUCCCGUCCUGUCACAAGAUUAAAGAAAGAAUGAAGGUGUUAGCUGCAGUGGAUUUAGAACAUGGCUACAUGCCACUUUUCAAGGACUCCAAACAGGACACAAUAACAUCCUCCAGAUUCAUCCGGACAAAGAAUUUGCACAACCAUAUUCUAAGUCAAGUAGAGGAGCUGAAUCCUGAUGAUCUUCAUUUAAUUGAUGGAAAAAUUGGUGUUGUUAUUGGUGGAGACAAAGGAGGAAGCAUUACCAUGAAGGAACUGUUGAUAACUUAUUUAGUAUUUGUGAAAAAAACAACUCCGAACUAG